CUGCAACUGAUGAGUGUGAAACUUUCACUUGUAGGAAUUCAAAAAAAGAAGCUGAUUUAAACCUGGCACAGGCUCGUAUGAGAGACCUCGAUGCUCAGCUGAACGCGAAGGAAGCUGACUUGGCAACAGCUUUGAAUGAGAACCGAACUUUGGAGAAGGACCUUCGUGAAUUAAAGGAUCAAGUAGUCUCUCUGCAGCUGUCACUGGAAGAUACUAAAAAGCAUCUCCACAGUGAAAUGUUGAGGAGGGUGGACCUGGAAAAUCAUAUGAAAACUUUGCAGGAACAAAUGAUGUUCCAGAAGCGCCUUCAUGAAGAUGAGCUCAAGGAGACAAAAAAAGCCCAUGAGAGCAGGAUAACAGAAAUAGAAUCUGGCCGUCAGAGAGAAUUUGAGAGUAAGCUCUCGGAUGCUCUGCAGGGGCUCAGAAAAGAACAUGAAGAACAAAUUCAAGGAUACAAAGAGGAGCUGGAGCGAACAUUCAAUGCAAAAAUGGAGAAUGCCCAGAUAACUGCAGCAAGACAAAGUGAAUUUGCCACUGCUGCUCAGGAGGAGCUGAUGGAAACAAAGCUGAAAGUUGAUACUCUGACAUCUCAAGUUAAUCAGUAUCAAAGCCAGAAUGCUGCUUUGGAGACCAAAAUAAGGGAGCUACAGGAGAAGCUGGAUUAUGAUCGUGACCUUCAUCGAAGGCGUAUUGCUGAAAAAGAGAGAGAAAUGGCACAAGCUCAGGAGCAGGCACAAGCACAGCUGGAAGAAUAUGAGCAUCUCUUAGAUGUGAAACUGGCUCUAGAUCUGGAAAUAAAUGCCUACAGAACAAUGCUGGAAGGAGAGGAACAGAGGCUAAAGCUGUCACCCAGUCCAUCUUCACACAGCACUGCAACUCAAGGAACAAGUGAAGGGCGACGGUUCCUGUAUGGGAAGAAAAGGAAAAUGAAAGAAGCCAGAAAGAGAAGGCAUAGUGCUGGAUUUAAGACUGUUCAGCAUGCUGUUUCAUCUGGAAAUGUAUCUAUUGAAGAAAUUGAUGCAGAUGGGAAAUUUGUCAGGCUUAAAAACAACUCCAGUGAGGAUCAACCACUACAUGGAUGGGUGUUAAGAAGACAUCUUGGCAGUGUGUCGGAUGUAACAUACAAAUUUCCUUCACUGUUCACUCUUGAGGCGGGCCAAGUAGUUACAAUCUGGGGUGCAGCUGCUGGUGUAAGACCUGGUCCUAGUGAUCUGGUCUGGAAGUCUCAGAAGUCUUGGGGAACUGGGGAUAAUAUUGGUGUUACACUCAUCACAGAUGAAGGUGAGGAACUUGCAGAGAGGAAGAUAAUUCAUAUACCUAGAGGAGAAGAAAGUGGUGAGGAAGAUGAUGAUUAUGAAGAAAUACCUGGAAGUGAAAUGGAGCUUCCAUCUCAGACCAAAAGAAGAAGAAAAAAGAAAUGUUGUUUGGUUUCAUGA